GAGAGAGAGAGAGUCUGACUUGCCACAUCCCAGCCAAGGGUGAAGCAUUUUUACGCGCGAUCCAGUGGCCGCUCUCCCGCAGCUCCGCUCCGCCAUCAGGACUAAUUUCAUCAAGAAAAAACUUUCAAACUCUUUAUUCUCACACGAGCUGCUUUUCUGCGAUUUGGUGCGUGGGGGGGAAAAAGGCUCAACUUUUGCGACGCCAGACACCAUCUGGUGAAGUUAUUCCAUCUUCCUCCUGGUGCCAAUUAUCCAGCCUCUGGGUUGAAGCCUCCCUGCUCGCCAUUGACCCUGUUAGCCAGCUUUAAUGUCAACUCCUUGGCUCCAAAGUGGAGGGAAUUACCCCACUUUUAGUCUCCAAUGAGGAAAAGAGAGGAGCAACACAGCAAAAUGCAGAGCUUGACUCUUCUUCAACCCAUUUGCUCUUUCCAGUGUCUGACUCCUGCUGCUUUCUGGUGAAAUACAGGGUCGGGACUGUGUGGAUAAAACCCUGAGGGUUUUGACAUUUCAGCUUUUCUGCCCUUUUUUGUUGUUGUUGUUGUAUUUUUUUUUUUCAUCUCUUGCUCCCCUUCUGGCCUCAGUGCUUUUUGGAGGCGGCCCAGAUGAUGGGGUGGUGUAGCUCAGGCAUAUGCAGAGCCCUGGCUCUCCUGGCACUCCUGCUCCCCUUGCGGCAGAGGGGCUGCUGGGGGCUGGAUCCCAGCUCUGGGGACCUGGAGAAGUCCCCGCACUCUGAUCCAGACCCCUGGGAGGUCCUGCACAGGGACAAGCGCAGCUGGGUGUGGAACCAGUUCUUCGUAUUGGAGGAGUUCACAGGGAAUGAACCACUCUACGUUGGCAAGCUGCACUCGGAUGUGGACAAAGGAGACAGCAAAGUGAAGUACGUGUUAUCCGGCGAGGGAGCCGCCUCCAUCUUCACCAUCGACGAGAACACGGGAGACAUCCAUGCCACAAAGCGGCUCGAUCGGGAGGCCCAGGCCUACUACACCCUCCAAGCUCAGGCUGUGGAUCGAAUCACUAAUAUACCCGUGGAACCGAGGUCUGAAUUCGUGGUCAAGGUCCAGGACAUCAACGACAACGAGCCGAAGUUCCUGGAUGGACCGUACUUGGCAGGAGUACCUGAGAUGUCACCCUUAGGAACCAUGGUGGUGCAAGUGGCAGCCACAGAUGCAGAUGACCCGACGUACGGGAACAGCGCCAGGGUGGUGUACAGCAUCGUCCACGGACAGCCCUACUUCUCCGUGGAGCCCAAAACAGGGGUCAUCAGAACAGCUCUGCCCAACAUGGACCGGGAGACGAGGGACCAGUACGUGCUCGUCAUCCAGGCCAAAGACAUGGUCGGCCAGAUGGGAGGCCUCUCCGGCACGACCUCCGUCACCGUCACGCUCACAGACGUCAACGACAACCCGCCUCGCUUCACUCACAAGAGCUAUCAGUACUCGGUGCCGGAGUCACUGCCGGUGCAAUCUGUGGUGGCGAGGAUCAAGGCGGCGGACGCGGACAUAGGCUCCAACGCCGAGAUGGACUACCGGAUCAUGGACGGAGACGGGCCCGGCACGUUCAACAUAACAACAGACGACGACACACAGGACGGGGUGAUCGUCCUGCUAAAGCCUCUGGACUACGAGACGAAGAGCAGCUUCUCUCUGAGAGUCGAAGCCACGAACAGGAACAUUGACUCCAACUUCUUGACCUCGGGCCCGUUCAGCGACACCACAUCGGUCAAAGUGACGGUGGAGGACGUGAACGAGCCGCCCGUCUUCUCCUCGCCGCUCAGCAAGAUGGUCAUUUCGGAGGACGCCAAAGUGGGCACCUCAAUCGGGAGGGUGUCCGCCCACGAUCCAGACACCUCCAACAGCGCCAUCAGGUACUCCAUCGACAGGAACACGGACUUGGAGCGCUUCUUCAACGUGGACGCCCUGAGUGGGAUCAUCAGCACGGCCAAGCCCCUGGACCGCGAGGCCAACUCGGUCCACAACCUCACCAUCUUCGCCAUUGAGAGUCAGGACCCGACCCAAAUCGGAAAAGGCCUCACUCUCAUCACAGUCAUGGACAUAAAUGAUAACGCACCGGUCUUUGCCAUCGACUAUGAAACCAUCCUCUGUGAAAACGCGAUGCCAGGACAGGUGAUCCAGACCAUCAGUGCGGUGGAUAAGGACGAACCUCUGAGCGGACACCGCUUCUACUUCGCCCUCGCUGCACCUGUUGCCGGAAACCUCAACUUCACUCUGCGAGAUAACAAAGACAACACGGCGUCCGUCCUGACGAAGCGAGCAGGCUUCAGGAGGCGGGAGCAGGCCGUCUAUCGGCUGCCCGUGCUGAUCGUGGACAGCGGCAGCCCCGCCCUCAGCAGCACCAACACGCUCUCGGUGCGGGUGUGCGACUGCGACUCUGACGGCGUGGCCCUGUCCUGUGGAGCUGUGGCGUACACGGCGACUGGCCUGAGCACCGGCGCCCUCCUGGCUAUUUUAGGCUGCAUCAUCACACUGCUGGUCAUGGUCCUGCUCAUUGUGACGAUGCGUCGGAGGAAGAAGGAGCCUCUGAUCCUCGAGGAGGAGCGGGACAUCAGGGAGAACAUCGUCCGCUACGACGACGAGGGCGGCGGGGAGGAGGACACGGAGGCCUUCGACAUGGUCACCCUGCGGAACCUGAACGUCAUCAGGGACCCCAGUGUACGGAGAGACGUCACGCCGGACACACCGACCUUCUUCCAUUACUCAUCAGCCUCUCGCCCGUCCUAUAAAUCCCUGCCAGACAAUGUGGUGUUCCGAGAGUUUAUCUGGGAGCGGCUCAAGGAUGCUGACGUGGACCCGUCGGCUCCCCCGUACGACUCCCUGCAGACAUAUGCUUUUGAAGGCAGCGGCUCGGUAGCGGAGUCACUGAGCUCGCUGGAGUCACUAAGUACAGACUCAGACCAGAACUAUGACUAUCUCAGCAACUGGGGGCCGCGCUUCAAAAAGCUGGCCGACCUGUACGGCAACAGCGACGGCACCAGUGUCUUCUCAUAGCCCCUAAAUGUCUCUCUUAACAUUCAAAUAAGAGUAAUUUAUCGUCGGAGAAAAUAUUUGUCUGCCUUAGCGCGCCGGAGGAAAAGAUUCAAAGACAAAACAGAGAGAGAGAGAGAGACUGAGAGGUCAACACUUCAAAGGUUUUGGGUUUGUUUACCUCCCUCCACGGACUUUGAGGAGUGUGCCAUGGUGCGGUUUGACACAGACUUCAAAAGUGGAAACGUUGUGUGCAAAGAGACAUUCAAGGUUUCAGGUUUUGGGCUGGAGUCCAACCACUGACUGCAGAAUGCAUACAUGUUGGAGUAUUUAUACGAGGAGGCAGCAGUCCUGUCAUUCCAGCGAUGGGCACGGGGCCCAGCACUCUUGCUUUGAUGCAUUCCUUUGCUAUCUUUGUGCUUAAAAAAAAGAAAGAAAAACAUAGAAGUUUCUCGUGAAAUGUCCCCGGCGACUCAUCGCGAGUCACUUGACUGUUCAUUAUGAUAUUUCACAAUGAUUUCUAUGUUUUUUUAACUUCUGUUUGUGUUGGGGCAGGGUGUCGAGGGGCUGUUUUCACUCACAUUACUCACGGACUCAGUCACACCUCUGUAUGAAAAGUGCAACAUAAAGUAUAAACCAGUAGUAGAUGUGCUAACGAAGUGAUGUGAAGACAGACGUUGUGCAAAUAAUAAAAAGAAGGAGACUCUUUGUUCGGAUCGAUGUCUCCGCUGGGUGAAACAGGAAAGCGUAUGAUUUCUCUUAUUCUCCUAACAAUACAUUUUGCAGAUAUUGCAAUGUAGUGUUUGUCUAGAGUCUGUUUUUUCUUCUUCCUA